AUGUUCUCCCAGUCACAUAUCGACCCCGGAGAAGUGGCCAGCGUCACCAUUGGAACCACUCACUUCGUCAACGCCGUGGUCGAGAUGGACCGAUCACGGCUUGCGAGAGUAGCAGUGAUACGACUGUGUGGGCCCUUCUCAGCCGAUAUACCCGUAGGAGUCGACUGGCCACCCAAACUCCGGCGCAUCAUCUGUGCGCAUCGUAGCUUGGUGGACGGCGGUUUGGAAAUUGACGGUAGUCUGAUUGCCGAGCUGGAUGAAGAUGCAAUACGACGUGAAUGUGAGAUUAUCAAAUCCAAGGGGAUCAAGAGCAUCGUCGUUGUGGGGAUAUUUAGCCCCAUCGAUGUGCAUUUCAAACAGGAAGAGAGAACAAAAGAAGUCAUUCGCGAGGUGUACCCCGAGGCCGACGUGGUUCUCUCUAAGGAAGUGGCCAAUAUUGGUUUUCUUGAGCGAGAGAAUGCCGCGAUUCUCAAUGCGUCGAUCCUGGCGUUUGCACGACGCACGAUCCACUCAUUUCAAGACGCAGUGUCACGACUGAACUUGCGGUGUCCGGUAUUCGUUACUCAGAACGAUGGUACCAUUUUGCCAGCCAGUUCUGCGGCCAGACUUCCGAUCAGGACCUUUUCGAGUGGGCCUACGAACAGCAUGAGGGGUGCGGCUUUCUUGACGCAGCACCUGGACCGGGAGAAAAUCAUGGUAGUUGACAUUGGUGGAACGACGACGGAUGUUGGUUUACUACUCGAAAAUGGAUUCCCUCGUCAAGCUGCUGCGUAUAGUGAGAUAUGUGGCGUGCGAACCAACUUCUCGUAUCCGGACGUGAGAAGUAUUGGCCUAGGGGGAGGGUCGAUCGUGGCUAAAGGCAAAGAUGGAAAGCUUACAAUCGGCCCUGAAUCUGUCGGCUACCAGAUCCAGGAAAAGGCGUUGGUUUUUGGUGGCACCGUCCCUACCGCUACGGACUACACCGUGCUGGGAAACAAGGAGUUGGACAUUGGAGACCGCUCUAAACUUGAAAGCACACAGCUGCGGGCUGAUCUGGCAGACUUCCAGGCCAAUGUCAAGUCUAUGCUGGAGCGAAUAGUGGAUACGAUGAAAACGUCUCCAGAGGAUAUCCCGGUGGUGCUCGUAGGUGGCGGUGCCGUGAUUGCGCCAAAAACGCUGGUCGGAGCCAGCAGGGUCAUCAUGCCGGACUGGUCUGGCGUUGCGAACGCAAUCGGUGCGGCUACCGCGCGGGUAAGCGGCGUGGUAGACUCGAUAGAGAGCACGGAAUCGCAGACGGUGUCUCAAGUUAUCGCGACCCUGUCGGAAAGAGCUAUUGAAAGGGCCGUUGAAAAUGGCGCGACUAGGGAAUCGAUCAGCAUCGCAGAAGUUGAGAGUUUCCCAUUGCAAUAUGUGGCCAACCAAUCUCGGAUCAUAAUCAAGGCGGUAGGAGACUUUGACUUCUCAAGGACGGAUUUCGAAUGCUUAACGACCAUCGACGGUGAUACGCACGAUUUCGACGCCAGUCGGGCCGGCCACGAAGAGCAAAUCAACAGUGAUGCCCACGACAAGGAAGAUCCAACGGAAGGCUCACUCAGCCUCACCCAAAAUGAGAUCGAUGAGUACAAGCCACAUGUCAUCGACCGGCAAUGGUACCUGUCGGAAACAGAUCUGGACUGGAUCACGACAGGAUGCUACAUCCUUGGCACAGGCGGAGGAGGCAGUCCUUAUCAGCACAUGUUGAGACUGCGAGAAAUGCUCCGAGCUGGAGCAACGGUCCGGAUCAUCUCCCCGUGGGAUCUCAAGGACGAGGACCUCGUGGCCUGUGGCGGCGGCAAGGGGUCGCCCCAGGUGUCGAUAGAGAAGCCGUACGGAGACGAAAUGAUGGAGUCACAACGCGAGUUGUACCAGUACCUCAAGAUCAAGCCGCAUGCCGUCAUCCCCUUGGAAAUAGGGGGUGGCAAUGGCUUGCAGGGAUUGAUCAUUGGAGCAUCGACCAACAUGGAUAUUCCAUCCGUCGCGUUGUCCCGUUGCUCAAACACCAUCGACACAGUUGCCGAGUCAAUCAUCAACGAGGUAGGGGGUUCGGAUUCGGCAAAGAUCCUUUUCAAAGGUAAGAUUGUCGGGGUAGAAAGGAUCACGAAGAUGGGGCAUGCGUAUGGAGAGGUCGUCAUAGAGGCGUCCACGUCAGGAGACAAGGGUACGGAUGCAGUCGAGCGGUUGAGAAUCCCAUUCAAGAACGAGAACAUACUGGCAAAGAAGACUCGUGCGGGGGGAAACGAGGAGGUAAGUCUCAAUAUCGACUGUAGACUCAACAUCCUCGCAAUAGUGCCCGAUCUCGUGUGCGUGAUCGACGCUCAAAACGGAGAGGCCAUUGGUACACAGGAGUAUCGAUACGGCUUACUCGUAAUCGUCUUAGGCAUAACCGCAUCUGAGAAGUGGACGUGCACCCCGCGCGGCAUCGAAGUCGGCGGCCCCAAAGGUUUCGGCAUGAACGAUCUCGAGUAUCGGCCUCUGGGAAAAUUCCAGAAGCCGAGAAGUGUCAUCGACGAGUUCAAUAGAGUGGCAGAUUCUGGGCGCAUAGAUGGCACUCUUCAUGCCGGCGGACCAUAG